CGUCGGCUUUCGGUUUCCGCUUUUGAGUUUUUAGCUACGUAACUUCCGCUUUCUCCUCUCAUUCCGUGUGUUCACCAUUAUUUACGUCCUUAAACUCCGUGCGAGACAUCCUUAACUGGCAAGAUGGUUAGGGAGGACAAGACCGCCUGGAAGAGCAACUACUUCCUGCGGCUGGUGCAGCUGCUCGACGAGUACCCCAAGUGCUUCAUCGUGGGCGUGGACAAUGUCGGCUCCAAGCAGAUGCAGACGAUCCGUGUCUCACUCCGCAAGCACGCCGUCCUCCUCAUGGGCAAGAACACCAUGAUCCGCAAGGCCAUCCGCGGACACCUGGACAACAACCCAGCCCUGGAGAAGCUCCUGCCCCACAUCAAGGGCAACGUGGGCUUCGUCUUCACCAAGGAGGACCUCGGGGAGGUCCGUGAGAAGAUCAUCGAAAACAAGGUCAAGGCCCCGGCCCGUGCCGGAGCGCUGGCCCCGCUGGACGUCAUGAUCCCCGCCCAGAACACGGGUCUGGGACCCGAGAAGACGUCCUUCUUCCAGGCGCUGCAGAUCCCCACCAAGAUCUCCAAGGGUACCAUUGAAAUCCUCAAUGAGAUCCACCUGAUUAAGAAGGACGACCGCGUGGGAGCUUCCGAGGCAACGCUGCUCAACAUGCUGAACAUCUCGCCCUUCUCGUACGGGCUCAAGAUCCUUCAGGUGUACGACUCUGGCACGGUGUUCUCCCCCGAGAUCCUGGAUAUCACCCCGGAAGACCUGAGGUCUGCCUUUGUGGAGGGCGUGCGCAAUGUGGCCUCUGUGUCCCUGGCCAUUGGCUACCCCACGGUGGCCUCGGCCCCACACUCCAUCGUGAACGGACUCAAGAACCUUAUUGCCGUGGCCCUGGAGACCGACAUCACCUUCAAAGAGGCAGAGAUGGCCAAGGAGUACCUCAAGGACCCGUCGAAGUUUGUGGCUGCAGCUGCGGCUGCGGCUCCGGCCGCAGGAGGUGGUGCAGCGGCCAAGCCGGACGCCAAGAAGGAGGAGGCUAAGAAAGAAGAAUCCGAGGAGGAAGACGACGACAUGGGAUUCGGCCUCUUUGACUAGGCGCUUCCAAGUGGCUGGCCGCCCACAUUUGGCAGCCCAAGGCUGUCGUCUGUGGUUGCACCCGCACAUUAAAAGUUGCUCUGAAAGGUCA